AUGAUCAUGUUGCCAGUGUUCCUUCUAUUUCUGAGCGCAAUUGCAGCGCUCGCGCAUCGAGGGCGAGACUCCCACUGGGGCCCAGAGAAAUGGAAGACGUUGAUCACGUUCGGCAACAGCUAUACUGACGACAGCCGGUUACGGUACUUUGCGGCUCACCACGGGAAUCCGCCGCCGGUGGGGUGGGAGGAACCGGAUAGCAAUGACACAUUUAGUGGCGGGUAUAACUGGGGCCAUUUUGCAUCGGAGAUAGCGAACGUGACGCGGUUCAACUAUGCUGUCUCAGGAGCGCCGUGUUCGAACAAGAUAACUCCACGGACGUACAGACCGAUCAAUGCUCCGUAUCCGUCUGUCCUCGAGUACGAGAUUCCCGCUUACCUCGCCGAUACCAAGUACGUCGAUCCAGAUGGGAAUAAGCUCAUGGACAUCAACGCGAACGAAACGGUUUAUGCCAUAUGGAUCGGAACGAAUGACGUGGGAAAUGAUGCCUUCCUCACGGACUCGCAGGUCAAUGGGACCACUAUCCCGGAUUAUGUCGAGUGCGUUUAUAAAGCAUUGGAUGGCAUGUACGCGGAUGGGGCCCGGUACUUUGUGAUCAUGAAUCUUGUACCUUUGCAGCUGGCACCGCUGUAUGCGACGCCUGAGAAUGGCGGGCAGGACUCAGCAAAUGGGGCCAAUGUUACGGAGAAGAGCUAUCGCCUGUGGGAGACUGUGGUCACGGUCAAUGAUGUGUUCCGGUAUAAGACGCCGUAUGAAGCGGUCAUAGCACGGAGAUAUCCGGGGGCGCAGCUGGCCGUAAUGGACAUGUAUGGCUUGGUCUGGGAGGUCUACCAUAAUCCGAACCAGUACUUUGACCCUCCGGCCAAUGUGACGGGAUAUGUGAAGCAUUGUAAUAAGACGACAGGGCACUGCGAACGUCUGCCAAACGAGCAUUCUUUUCUCUGGUUCGACGAACUGCAUCCUUCCGAGCGUACUGAUCAGAUUGUGGGUCAAGAGUUCGUCAACGUUGUAGCGGGGAACAGUAGCUUCGCAAAUUACUGGUAA